AUGGGGCUUUCAGAGGUCCAGCUCUGGCCAAUGCUACUCUGGGCCUUGGCGUGGAUGCAGAACGCAAGAUCUGCAUGUCCGUCCUGUGGGGGCCUAUCCCUGGCACCCCCAGGAGAACGUGCCCUGGUCCUAGAGCUAGCCAAGCAGCAAAUCCUGGAGGCCCUGCACCUGACCAGCCGGCCCAGAAUAAGCCGCCCUCUGCCCCAGGCAGCACUAACCAGAGCCCUCCGGAGACUGCAGCCCGGGAGCAUGGUUCCUGGCAACCGAGAGGAAGUCAUCAGCUUUGCCUCCAUCGUAGGCAAAUCCACUUCCACCUACCGCUCCAUGCUCACCUUCCAGCUGUCCCCUCUUUGGUCCCACCACCUGCACCAUGCCCGCCUCUGGCUGCAUGUGCCCCCGUCUCUCCCUGGCACCCUCCACCUGAGGAUCUUCCGUUGCGGCACCAGGCGGUGCCGCGGAUCUCGCACCUUCCUGGCUGAGCACCGAACGACUUCCCCAGGCUGGCACGCCCUGACUCUGCCCUCUAGUGGCCUGCGGAGCGAGGACUCUGGGGUCGUGAGGCUGGAGCUGGACUACAGACCCCUGGGCCCCAACAGCACCGGGGUCGCGGGACUGCCACGGCGGCUCUUGGACACCGAGGGACAGCAGCGGCCCUUCCUGGAACUCAAGAUCCGGGCUAAUGAGCUCGGGGCAGGCCGGGCCAGGAGGAGGACUCCCACCUGUGAGCCCGAGACCCCCUUAUGCUGCAGGAGAGACCACUACGUAGACUUCCAGGAGCUGGGGUGGCGGGACUGGAUCCUGCAGCCUGAAGGAUACCAGCUGAACUACUGCAGCGGGCAGUGCCCGCCCCACCUGGCUGGCAGCCCUGGCAUUGCGGCCUCCUUCCAUUCCGCUGUCUUCAGCCUCCUCAAAGCCAACAACCCUUGGCCUGCGGGUUCUUCCUGCUGUGUACCCACGGCCCGAAGACCCCUCUCGCUCCUCUACCUCGACCAUAACGGCAACGUGGUCAAGACCGAUGUGCCAGACAUGGUCGUGGAAGCCUGCGGCUGCAGCUAG